UGAGAAUUCCGUCUCUCUAUUUGUAGAUUGAUAGUACAUCUCAGUGUGAUGAGAAGCAUCCUCACAUAAUGUCUUUGUACUGAUUCUAGUGAAAAAAGAAAAGGAUAUGACAGCUGAUACUGUAGAUUCUAAACAAUAAAUGAAGGAGAAACUCUUUAAACUUGCAAAAAAAUACAAGUGACCACUGUGUAUGGCAGUAAUUGAUUCAACUUAAUAUCUUAAGUUCACUGAAGUAGUUUAUUCAAAUUCAGUUAAUUCAGCUCUAGUAAUUAACCAACCACAGAGCAGUUAACUCACAUCUGCAUAACAGCUGUAGAACUUAGGUUUCUAAGCUGAAUGAACUGAAAAUUAUUUACAGUGUGGGUUACAGUUCAUUAAAAAAAAAAACAAGUGUUUCAGUCCUGCCAAGUGUCUCCAUUUUUGUGGUUGUUUUUCAUGUUUUUGUCUGCAGUUAGCCAGCUCAAAACACUUUUUCAAAACAAAUUUGGGCUUAAAAUGUCUUUUUUUUAAGUUUGAACUCCAAUGCUGUUGUGAGUGCGUUUGUGCUGAUGAUUCACUACUGGACUAAAGGUGUAAUUAAGGCCUCAUUCGUGACCACAGGGGAAGUAACAGCAGCUACAGAAGCAGAAAACAGCUGUUUCUGAGCCUCUAAUGGUGAUGAGGAACAAGUCAGAAUACAUCAAACUCUUUUGUGUCUCAGCCUUGUUCAGACUUAUUAUUCCCGGACAGAAGCCUCAUCGUAUGUGAGAGCAGGACUUGAAAAUGUGUCGCCUGGGGCAGAUUAAUCAUUAGACACACAAUGCAUUUUGUUGCGCUCUCCCACACACACCCCCUUCUUUCUGCUCGGAGUCGAGAGGCAGGCGUUGGUCUAUAAAAGCUGCACCCAGAGGAGGUAAAGAGAGCAAAGCGCAAAACUCUAUCAGCAGGGGACAAACACACACACCUCAACACACUCAGAUACAGAUUAAAGCAGGACUGUCAUACACUAAACUCUCUCUUCCUGGGAUAUGAACCCUCUCGUCUUCACCUGUCUCCUGUGCUUCGUAGUGUGCAGUGCUCUAGGUGCUCAGGCAUCUGAGGCCACAAACUCCACCGAGCUAGCCGGAGUCACUGGGGGUCCGGCCUCCGGCGAGGGCCUGCCGAGUUCGCUGGGCGACGAUGACGACCUGGAAGUAGACGAGGAGCUUUCGGGAGGAGACAACGAACAUUUUAGCCUCCACGACUUGGAUCCCACCAAAGAUGAGACGAAGAAGAGGAAGGGCAAAGGCAAGAGGAGGAACAGGAACAAGGGCAAAGGCACCACUGCCUUGAACCCCGAGCACACCCACUACACCAGCAGAUCCACAUCCACUCUGAGCGCCGCCGACGAUCCCUGCACCUCCACCCACCUGGGCUUCUGCAUCCACGGCUACUGCAAGUACAUCGAGGGCCUGAAGGAGCCAGUUUGUAUAUGUAUGAAAGGCUACGACGGUCAGCGCUGUGAGAUCCAGACCUUGGAGACUAAAUUCCCGCAGAGCAGCAACACUGAGCUGGUUCAGACAGUUUUGGUGAUCAUCGCUGUGGUUUUGUCAGUCAUCAGCUGCACCGCCAUCCUGCUCAUGACCUGUGCUCAUUACAGGUCUCAUAAAAACUUCCUGGCAUCCUAUCUUGGAACUGGGUCGGAGCAGGAGAAGCUACAGAAGUCCGCCGGUGACGUUGUGGUGUGAGGGCGUCGAGUUACGAUGAGCCUGCAGCACGAUUCAAAGACGAAGCAGAACAGAGGAGUCUGAGCACCUGACAAAGCUUUAGAGUGAACAGACGGCUUCACUACAGUAGAUGCUAUGUAAAAAAAACACUGUCCAGAACCUGUUACAAUGUAAUUUAUUUAGUGUAACUAUUUAUUGCUAACAACUAUAUUUGUAUGUUGGACACCAUUAUAAUGUCUUUUAUGUGCGAAUGCUGAGCAUUCAGCUUUUUGAUGUUCUCUAGGUUUGGUUUUAUUUAUUGCACUGCUAUCGUUGUAGGUCAGAGAAACGCUCUUCAUCUCACUUUGGAAAAGGGAUGGAAUUUGAUCACCAAUAAAGUCUCUGAGUGCUAUGUGAA